AUGACUGGACGGCGGCAGCACAAGCCUGUACCAGAUGAAGCACCAUUUAAAGCAUAUGUUGGGAAUUUACCCCUUGAUUUGGUUCCCGGUGACUUGGAUUCACUUUUUGCAGAUUAUGCAGUUAUUGAGGCAAAAAUGAUGCGCGAUUAUGAGAAUGAUCGUUUCAAGGGUUUUGCUUAUAUUGAAUUUCGAACUCGAGAGGAUUUGGAAAGAGCUCUUACUUUGAAUGGUGUACAAUACGAUGGACGAGUGUUACGUGUGGAUGUAGCAGAUGCUCCACGCGGAAGAGAGCGUAGAGGUGGCGGCCGUGGCAGUUUUGGUGGGCGUGGUGGUGGUUCGCGUGGUGGUGGACUACCCUUCAAAGGUGAUAGCAGAUAUGGUGGUGGGACUAGCCAGUCUGGAGAACGAUCUGAUAUCAGGAAUGAUAAUUUUGGCCGUACCGAUUAUGAUAGAUCAAAUAGAAGUAGUAUUAGUCGCGGCAGAGGUCAUGGUCAAGAUGUUGAGCUCGCUGCACAUUCUAGUGCACCUGGAAGGCCUCAUUUGAACUUGAAACCGCGCACUACUGACCCAGAAGAAUUGGAAAGACUGAAGAAAAUUGAAGAAGAAGAGACAAGAAAACGUCAGGCACGUAUUUUUGGAGUGAAGGAAUAG